AUGAGGAAUUUGGAAAUACAAAUAGGGCAGCUUGCUACAACUUCUCAUACAAGACCUCCCGGCACCAUUCCAAGUGAUACAUUGCCCAACCCUAAGGAAAAUGAACAUUGCAAAGCAGUCACCCUUAGAAGCGGAAGAAAUUUGGAUUCAAUGCCUUUAAUAGACGACCAAGGGGCAGACGAGGCAUGUAAGGGAAGUCCCGCAUUGGUGCAGGAUGCCCAACAUGGUCAAGAACAGGCUGCAUCCGGCAGCAAGGAACAAGGCGAUGAAUCUAAGUUAAAUGGAAAACUUACAGCAGGUGGGAAAAACAAAAAGGUCAAUGAGACAGAACCUAAGAAGAGCAAGUCCAGUAUUCCUAAUGACAUUCCACCGCCUCCAUAUCUAUUCACGAGAAAGAAGCGAGUGCGACAAGAAAAGAGUUUUGAGUGGAUGAUGAAUGUGAUUAGAAAUGUGAAUGUAGACAUCUCAUUGGUGGAUCUUUUCACCAAUUUCUCGAGAUUCUCCAAGUUUUUCAAAGACAUGAUGGCGAACAAGGAGAAACUUCAGGAUGAAGGGAUUGUGGCAUUGAGCAUGAAUUGCUCACAACUGAUAUCUGGAAUUAUGCCGACGAAGAGAAGAGAUCCAGGAGGUUGCAUCAUACCAUGUGAAAUUGGUAACACGAUUUUUACAAAGUGUUUAUUGGACCAAGGUUCAGGGAUCUCACUGAUGGCACUAAAAACUGCAGGUGCCAUUGGUUUGGAGGAAAGAAUGGAGCCUAUCGACAUCGCUCUACAAUUGGCUGAUCACUCCAUAGUGAAGCCCACUGGAAUUGUUGAGGAUGUCUUGGUUAAAAUUGAUAAGUUCAUCAUUCCCAUUGAUUUUAUUGUGCUUGACAUGCCAGAAGAUAAAGAAGUGCCAAUUUUAUUUGGUAAACCAUUUAUAGCAAUGGGAGAUGUAUUGCUUGGAGCAAAUGAUAACUCUGUUACAUUCAGAAUUAAUGGUUAG